AUGUGGUGCGCCUCCGCUAUCAUAGACUGGAUCGAGACCACUGGGAGUCCUGUAACGCCAACCCGACCGAUACGCAAGCGAGCUUUGGUAGAAAUCGAUCCCAACAUCGACAGACCGCGAGGCGCAAAGAGAAGGCGGACUGACACUGCCGCGGCAGAGACUGCAAUGGCGAUGACGAAUGACUACACGGACAUGGACAAAACGCCACGUCGUGGCCACCGUCUGGUGCUCACUGCGCCCCUAACUCCAGGUAUCUCCGGCAGUCAGACGAUAUCCUCGCGAUCUGAGUCCGAAUACGCCACAAGCUCGACAGCAAAACGAAAGCGCACCGGCAGUCCCACCAAGCGGCUCUACGAAAGGCAAUUUGCAAGCUAUCCAGUUUCGGAUCGAUCGUUCACGGGACUACAACAUUGUUCGUUAGCCAUCCGCGACCUGGUCAUUGCAAGCAGGGAUUGCGCAAAAGGGAGGAAGAUCCUCUCCGAGAGGUACAGCGAAUGGAAGCAAGCGUUAGCGACGGGCAUGGACGAGGAUGACGAGGCUAUGUUUGCACGCGGAGCUGCCGAACAGGAAAGAGAUUUAGUUGGAGAUGUGCCGUCGCUCAAAUGGACGUCACGGCAGGUCGAACGAGCCGAACAUGCGAAUUCAACUGGUGCCUCGGAGUCUGCGUGGAACAAUGAGGUUCAUAGUAACCUUUUGGAGGCAGCAAUCGCUCAUUCGCCAUUCGUGGAUCGAGUGACCUGGCACGACAUAACAACGGCACGUAUCCACCCGAAGGACUUAGUACCCGAGUUCGCUUUGGGUGGACUAGUCGAUUCCAAGAGCGUCGACUUUUGUAUUGCACUCAAGUUAGACACGAGUAUCCAGCAGCUUCUCUACGCACGUGGAAUCGACGGCCUCAAUCAUACGGACUACACCGGAAUCAAAUGGGAGCCCAUCGUCGUCAGUAUCGAGACCAAGAAAGCAAUGUCCGGAAGCGCAGACGCUACUCUACAGUUAUCAACGUGGACGACGGCCCAUAUCAAGUUCCUCAGACGGCUCCUAUGUGAAGCCGGCAACGCGACUGUCACCAUUCUCCCGCUGCCACUGCUUAUGGUCGUGGGUCAUGAGUGGCGGUUCUACUGGAUUGAAGAUCACAUGACUUCUGGCACCCUGUGGCAAGGGGAGAUAAUAGGAAAGACAGACAGUGCCUUGGGAAUCUAUCAAAUCAUGAAGGCGUUACAAUACCUCGCCUACUGGGCAAAUCAGACCUACCUGCCGUGGUUCGAAAAGCACAUCCUUGUACCUAUUCUACACAUGGGUAAUCCAGAGAGCAUGGCUGAUUGA